CAUUAUCUUGCCCUGAAAACCAGGCCACGGAAAAGCCUAACAAAACCCUAGAAUUGCUAUAAAUAUAUCCUCUUCUAAUUCAGUGACCUCAACAGAAACCAGUUCCCCAUGGCAAAACCCAUAUAUUUUCCAUGUGGGCUUUUGGUGGGCUUCCUGCUUCUUUCCUCUCUCUUCUCCACAUCCCUUGCAUCUCCACAAACUGGCCUUAAAAGGCAUUCUCUGUUUAUCAUCCCAUCAUCAUCCCCCAUUACAUCUCAACAAAAGGGUCCAUUUUUCUCCCUCACCCCAUCAGUAUGUCUUCCAAAAACUAACCAUAAAGGCUGGUUUUUCUCUCUCAUCUCAUCAAUCUUUCCAUCUCAAAAAACCAACAAAAAAACAGAGUCUUUCUCUCUCAUCCCAUCAUUCUCUCCAUCUCCAAAAACCAACAAAAAAAUGCAGUUUUCCUCUCUCAUUCCUCCAUCUUCUCUUACAUCUCAAAAAACCAACUAUAAAACCCACUCUAUAGACCUCAUAAAACCAUCCCCUGCACCUUCAAAAAGUACCCAUAAAUCAAGAUCUUUAUCAGCAACGGUUACUGGCCAAAGCAUGAUUUCUCAAUUUCUUGUCCCUCAGAACAAAAUUAGAGCCCAAGUUGGCCUUCCACCAUUAAAAUGGAGCACCAAGCUUGCAAACUAUGCAAAAUGGUGGGCAAAUCAAAGGAGAAGAGGCUGUGCUCUGAUUCACUCCAAUGGUAAAUAUGGGGAAAACAUCUUCUGGGGUGGUGGCAAAAGUUGGGGACCAGCUGAUGCUGUCAAAACCUGGGCCUCAGAGAAAGUAUAUUACAAUCAUCAGAGAAAUUCAUGCCAAAGUUAUGAGGAAUGUGGCCAUUACACACAGAUGGUGUGGAGAAAGAGCUUGAUGGUUGGGUGUGCUAGGGUUAUAUGUAACAGUGGUGACACUUUCAUCACUUGCAACUAUGACCCUCCUGGUAAUUACUUUGGGGAACAACCAUACUAAUUAUGGUCUCCCUCUCUCUCUCUCUCUCUCUCUCUUAAGAGAGUGGAUGAUGAUGAUGAUGAAGAGAAUGGAUCUCUUACAAUCUACUGUGGCUUUGCUUUCCUGUAAACUAAAAUCUUGGGCUCAAGGUGUAUGUAAACACUUGAAUGUAUCAUCUAUAAAGCCAAAACCUUUUUU